GCGACCAAUUUCCAUAAAGAUUAGACUAAAUGAGUGUUUCUACAAAAGGUUUCAAUCGUCGUACUUCUGCAGGCCAGCGUUUCUUACUCCUCUGUCCACCAAUGGCGGCUGCUCACCUUCUCCCUCACUCUCCUUGCCUUCCCAAAACCCUAACGCCCACGUCAACCCCAAACCCAUUUGCACCGAAGCCCAAGCCCACUGUACCCUUAAAACCCUCUACAAGAUCCCUUAAGCUUGGGACGUCCCUAAACCUCAGGGCGGUCCUGUCUCAAAACCCCACGUCAACUUUCACCUCUGACCCUAAAACCCAGAAGUUUCAGCAUUGUUUCAGAAAAUCAGGAGAUGGGUUUUUGUACUGCGAGAACGUUAAAGUCCAGGAUGUGAUGAACACUGUGGAGAGAAGGCCGUUUUAUCUGUACAGCAAGACCCAGAUUACGAGAAAUGUUGAAGCUUACAGAGAGGCGUUGGAGGGAUUGAGAUCGAUUAUUGGGUACGCGAUCAAGGCGAAUAACAAUCUUAAGAUUUUGGAGCAUUUAAGGAAGUUGGGGUGUGGUGCUGUGCUUGUGAGUGGGAAUGAGCUGAAACUUGCGCUUCGAGCUGGGUUUGAUCCUACCAGGUGUAUAUUUAAUGGAAAUGGAAAACUCUUGGAGGAUUUGGUGCUUGCUGCCCAAGAAGGUGUUUUUGUCAAUGUUGAUAGUGAAUUUGACUUGGAUAAUAUUAUUUCUGCUGCAAGAAUUGCUGGUACCAAGGUUAAUAUUUUACUUCGGAUCAACCCAGAUGUAGACCCUCAGGUUCAUCCAUAUGUUGCCACUGGGAACAAGAAUUCUAAAUUUGGCAUUAGAAAUGAGAAGCUGCAAUGGUUUCUAGAUGCUGUGAAGGCACAUCCUAAUGAGCUGAAGCUUGUUGGGGCACAUUGCCAUCUUGGAUCUACCAUUACCAAGGUUGACAUUUUUAGGGAUGCUGCAGUCCUUAUGGUGCAAUACAUUGAUCAAAUCCGAGCCCAGGGCUUUGAAGUAGAUUUUUUGAACAUUGGAGGUGGUCUGGGGAUAGAUUAUUAUCAUGCUGGUGCUGUCCUUCCUACUCCCGGAGAUCUUAUUGAUACUGUCCGGGAAUUGGUUCUGUCACAAGAUAUCAAUCUCAUCAUCGAGCCUGGGAGAUCACUUAUUGCAAAUACUUGCUGUCUGGUUAAUCGUGUAACGGGGGUCAAAACUAACGGAACAAAAAAUUUUAUUGUGAUUGAUGGGAGCAUGGCAGAACUUAUCCGUCCUAGUCUCUAUGAUGCUUAUCAACACAUAGAACUGGUUUCUCCUUCGUCAGCUGAUGCUGAGGUUUCCACUUUUGACGUGGUGGGCCCUGUCUGUGAGUCAGCAGAUUUCUUGGGCAAGGAUCGAGAACUUCCAACUCCUGCCAAGGGAGAUGGCUUGGUGGUUCAUGAUGCAGGUGCUUACUGCAUGAGCAUGGCUUCAACAUACAAUCUCAAAAUGCGCCCACCUGAGUAUUGGGUUGAAGAGGAUGGAUCGGUGGCCAAAAUCCGUCAUGAGGAGACAUUUGAAGACCACUUGCGGUUUUUUCAGGGUCUUUGACAAACAAUUUUGGAGUGCAGCAGGCUAAGAGGAUUACACUUUGCUCUUAAUUUAUGCACGGUAUGUACUUAACCAGUUUGGCAGCUGAAAUUUAUAUAUCAGCUUUGUCUGUGCAGCUAAUAUGGGUUUAUAGAAAGGGACAUGGGAAGGAGGGGGAAAGAGUUUAGCAUACGGGAGACUGUUACCUCUUGCUUUACUGCAGAAGAUGUAAUUAGCCAUUUGAGAUGUUAAAAGGGGUCGUAGGCCAUUUAAGAUGUUAAAGCCUAGUGUCUCAAGGCAAGAUGGUAGGAAUGGAAUUUGGGAGAAAUGCCCUGGUGGGGCCACCCAAAAAAUUUAAGAUGUCAAAAAAGAGACUGGCAAUUUCAGAUGUUAAAAAGAGACGGGCCAUUUGGGAUGUUAGAAAGAGAAAUAGUUCUAGAAUCUUUUACUCUAGUGACAGUAAUUUGCAGUCAUUUCUUCCCUGAUGUUGCAUUUUGUCAUCCUUAAAAAUUGUUUAUCAUCUUUAAAUUA